AUGUCUGAGAAAUACAAGAGCCUUAAAGUCCCAGAACUCAAAGAAAUUCUACAAAGAAACGGCCUUGCUGUCUCUGGAAAAAAAGAAGACUUGAUAAGCAGACUCGUCAAAAAUGAUGAACGCAAAGCCUUGGAAAGCUUAGAAAAAGAAUUUGAGUUAGACGGCGAUUUUGACGAGAACGAUAUUCCCCAAGAUAUUUUUACACCAAUUCCUAUUGAAAAGCCCAGUACAACUGAAAAAGAAAGUGUUUUGUCAGAUGAUGAAGAAGUUGACUUUGUUAUCAAUGACAAAGCUAAAAAUAAGGAUAUCAUGGCAAACAAAGACUCAAAAGAAACUACGCCUACGCCUUCUUCUGUCCCUGAAAAAUCAACCAGCACACCCAAGCAAAAAGAAAUUACUGAAAAGCCCUUCACUACUACUACUACUACUACUACUACUAAUACCAAUACUGCCAACACAGCAAAAACAAUUGCUAGCACUGCUACCAUUGCUACUACUACCAGCACCACUACCAUCACUACCAUUACAACAAAGAAUUCCUUCAAGUUCACACCUAUUACAUUUGACAAACCAACCGUCAGCUCUGCUAGUAAAGCUAUGGCAAAGCCCACACCUGCUGAAAAAGAUAAAAAGAUACAAAUCAAAGUAGAUCCAAAUGCUGAACGACUCAAGAAGGAAGCUGAACGUCGACUAGAAAGAUCAAAACGUUUUGGUCUCAAGUUGGACGAAAAAGAAAUGAAAGAGAUCCGUGCCGCUCGAUUUGGUUUAAUGAAAGCAGAAAAAGAAAAAGAAAAGGAAAAAAAGCCAGCAACAGUAGAAGAGGUUUUGAAGAAGAGGGCUGAAAGGUUUGGUUUACCUUUGGAAGAAAAGAAAAAAGCAAGUAAAAAAGUGAGAAAGGCUGCCGAUCUCAAGAAACCUGUCUUGAAAAGGAUUCAGCAAGGAAGGGUGGCUAAGUCUACUGUUGCUACUGCUGCUGCUAGAAAUAAUAAAGUUACUGCAACAAAAUCAAAAGUAUUAGACAAGAAACAACAAAAUAUCAACAAACUUGCAGAAGGUGCUAUUCGCCAAACAAAGAAGAAGAUAAUCGACCAACGUAAGGUCAAUAAAAUCCCUACGCCUAGUACUGUCAACAAGAUCAACGGGCGUACGAUUACUAUUCAGCCAGAACCUACUGUUGGUGCUAAGGUCGUAUCAGUUGCAAAGUCGCUGAAUACUAGACGUGUUGAAACCAAUCCUUCUGUUAACAAUGGCAGAAAGAUUGUGAUCAAUCCAGAUAACAAGCGGAAAGUCUCCAUGAUCAAACAAAACACCAAGCCCAACAAUAACAAAGUAGCCAACAAGAAGAGACGCUAUUAA